AAGCAUGUGUUUUCUUUUCUUUACUGUGUGGGUUCAGAAGGGUGACACCUGGGGGGGAAAACAGAUGUCUGAGAAUGACCUGAGGGGGUCAUUGGGCCAUAUAGUGGGGGGACGAUGUCUGAGGAUGACCUGAGGGGGUCACCUAAGUCCUAAAUGUGUGAGAAACAGCCCAUAGAGAGUGUUCCUUGUUUUGUGUGGAAAUUUACAGCUGCUGAAACUGUGUAACCUUGGAAGAGCAGAAGUAUAUAAGGUGGAGGACUGCCCUCUUCCGGGGUCGGUUUCACUCUGCAGGAACUCAGUGUUGCUGUAUGACUGUCUGACCUUCUUUGCAAAGAAUAAAAGCUUUCUUUUUAAUUAUACCUGAGAAUGAGUCUGUCUCUUAUGCUGAUGAGAGUUGAUUUAAAUUUUGCCACGACAAUUUGGUGUCAGAAGUGGGAUUCCUUGGAUGUGUCUUUUGGACCUGUGAGCGGACGGUGACUGAUCAUCCUGAACUAUAGAAGUUCAGCCCUAACCCCGAUUAGAUUUGAGGGAGAAAGGGACUGACCGCCGAGGCCCGGAGAAGACACCACUGGAAACAAAAAAGAACCGGAGUGGCAACAGAGCUCUCGGGUAAGAGACAGUUCAUGGUAUUCUAAAAUUUUGGGUUUUUAGAAAUAAGGAUUGGAAAAUAAAUUAGAAAAGGGACGAACCAUAGCGGUGGGUCCUUCUCUGUGGGAAACACAAUCUAGGGGAUUCGGAUUGUGAGGAUACUGCGGCACAGUUAAUAAAUUUCUAAGGGGAAUUGAAACUGCUGCAACCUGGCGUGAUCGUAAAUUGAGUUAGAAAUUGAGAUCAUAGCGAUCCAGAUAUUUUGAAGCGAUAAGCUGAGAUCACGCUCGAGCGGUUAACAUAUUUCUGAGAGGGGAAGUGAAACUGUGCGAGUAGUAGCUCUCCCGACUUGGGCAAAGGAAAGUCAGAUCUGUUGGAGACGUCUGACAGAUUAUAGGCGCGCCAAAAAGGAAAAGGUCUCCACAGAGAAGGAAACCAACAAAUAUGGGAAAGUCUCAGAGCAAGCUCGCUGAAUAUGAUACACCGGUGUUUAGGCAAAUGAAAAAAGUGUAUGGCCAAAAAUGCAUGCAAGAUGUGGGGAAAUUAAUUAAAUACCAUGGUUUUCCAAAAGAGGGAACGCUGAGUGUUAAGAAAUUAAAAGCUGUGAAGGAAUCAGUAGAAGAGGGAAGCGAGGGACAGAAAGGUUGUUGUGCGAGACACAUGUGUGAGAAAUGUGAACGAACUGUGAAUUGUUGGAUGGUGGAAGCAGAUAGGAGAGAAAGGAGAACAAUGCAGAAAAAAUUAGCAAGUAGGAAGGAGGUAAAGAAAGUUGAAGAAUGCAAAAAAGUGUAAAUGCCUCACAUAGACCUACUAACCACUCUGAUGUUUGUGUUUCUAAACAUGUACCUCCGCCAUACACACAUUUCCCGGUGACCGAGGUGCAAGCCGCGAAAAUGGACCCCGAUCUCGACUGCUCUCCACCGAGAAGACCAACAGCACCGUGGCCAGAUCCAGAAUGGAGACAAGAAACAGCAGAAGACCCAGUAAUCAUUCCUGAAAUCCCCAACGAGGAAAUAGAAGAGGAAAUAGUGCGCAGAGCACCCCCGACAAAGAAAAGAAAGACGAGACAGCCAGUGAAAGAAGAAAAUGUGAGUAUUACAGCUCCAAUGAUUGAAGUUUCAGGUCCUGACGGGCCUGUUAUGGUCUUUAGACCAUGGACUAUAACGGACAUGAAGGAAGCGAUGGCUCACUUGCCGAGCCCUGACGAAGCAGGUGAUAAAUUUUCUACCGAAUUAGUCACCUUCUGCCAAGAAUUCAGCCCUACCGUGCAUGAACUGAGGAGGCUGCUGGCAGUGAAACUGGGGGCUACGAGCAGGCAUGAAGUGAGUGGAAAGCUGCAAAAAGAGGACUGCCGGAGAGGGCACUGUGAAUGGAAAAGUGGACGGCUAUCUGCUGUUUUAGCACACGCUUUGCAUGCAGAGGAGAUGCAGACGGCGAAGAAGGAAACAGUUAAAGCCAAGACCAACAGAGAGUGGCAGCUGGCGUUUGUGCAAACCGUGUCGAAGCCGGGGGGCUAUUCUGCGCAGCGAAACCAGCAAUCGAAAUGGGGAAGAUGGAAAAGAGGAGGAGGAAGAUAUCCGAACAAAACUGAAGGAAACUCUAAAAGAUGGGGUUGUUGGAUCUGCGAGACUGAUGAACAUAAGACAUUCAGGUGCACCAGAUGGAGACUGUGCAAAAAGGACGGUCAUUGGGCGAAGGAUUGCCCGGAGAACCGGCGAAAUCAACAGGCAGACUGAAGCGAGGGAGACGGAGAGCAGAGAGGAGGGGUCCCGGGCGAGCAACCAACAGUCACAAGUGAAAGCUGCUCAGGAGAAGGUUGCUGAAACACCAUUGCACAACCUGAAACCAGGGGAUUUCGUGGUGGUACGAGAUCUGAGGAGAAAGAGCUGGAAGGCGAAAAGGUGGCUGGGACCGUUCCAGGUGCUUCUGACCACUCACACGGCUGUGAAGGGAGCAGAGAGAGCAAUGUGGAUCCAGGCUAGCCACUGCAGAAAGGUCCCACCUGUAUCUGAGGAAGAGGAGCUGAGGGAGUAAGGAUCUGGAGACACACAUGUCAACAAGGCCAGAAUCCAGCCUAAACAUCAAGCGUUCUUAUCAGCGGGAAGAGCUAGGUUAAGACUGAAAAACAGCAUCGAAAGUAGUCUGCGCGCAAGUGAAAAGAUAACUAUGAGCAUCAUAGUUGGGUACAUCAUGUUGUUUUCAUAUUCCAGACUACAGUGACAACGUUAUCAAUAUCAUUACUCACAUGAGAAUGGCCGUAAAAGAGCCUGAACGUACACAUAAUGCUGCUAAAUGAUUUUUGCUGCUAUUAUGUCUACCAUGUAUUUUUUUUAGUUGAUAUCCAGCUCAGUACAGAGACUGGAGAAGUUGAGUGUUUCACAUUAAAUGGUUCAAAGGACUGUGUACAAUGAAGACGCUAUCAUGGAUUUGAGUGGGGAGAAAACUACUGAUGAAGGGACAAACAGUAGUGGAAGCUACAGUAAAAUGUGUUAAAUGCAUGAGAUUUAUGAGAUUUUUUUUCUUUGAAGUAAGAAAUGUUCAGGCCUAUCUGACUCUAUACUGUUUGCUUGCUUGAAAUAGGGUCUGUCCCUAUAUUAAAAGCCUUAGUAUAUUUUCUAAAUUCUUUUACAAACUUAAGAGGGUGAUCAUUUAUGCUAAAAUCAGGGAUGAAGAGUAUAAAUGUGAUGAAAUGCCUUAAGUUUCCUUUAUUUUGAAUCAUGUUUGUAUUUCUGAGUGUGAAAUUUUGAUUUUGGAUUGUGUUUGUAUCUGUGACGUGACUGAGGGUCUGACUAAAUGUCAGGAAUGCAGUAGCAGUGACUUACUCGUUUAGCCUGGCGGCCAGAGCAAGCAAAAUGCUAAGUGUGUAGUGAAAAUAGAACAAGUAGUAAUUAAUUUUUAUGUUUUAUUGAUCAAUGAAUGAUAAAGAGGGGGAAAUUGUGGUGGAAAAAUUCAUUUAACAUUGCUUCUGUAUACCUAUAUAAGCAUGUGUUUUCUUUUCUUUACUGUGUGGGUUCAGAAAGGUGACACCUGGGGGGGAAAACAGAUGUCUGAGAAUGACCUGAGGGGGUCAUUGGGCCAUAUAGUGGGGGGACGAUGUCUGAGGAUGACCUGAGGGGGUCACCUAAGUCCUAAAUGUGUGAGAAACAGCCCAUAGAGAGUGUUCCUUGUUUUGUGUGGAAAUUUACAGCUGCUGAAACUGUGUAACCUUGGAAGAGCAGAGGUAUAUAAGGUGGAGGACUGCCCUCUUCCGGGGUCGGUUUCACUCUGCAGGAACUCAGUGUUGCUGUAUGACUGUCUGUCUUCAAAGAAUAAAAGCUUUCUUUUUAAUUA